AUGAAAGAGCUAGGUAGGAUUGCUGAUUGCUCAACCAGACAUGUUGUUGUCUAACACCAAACACAGGAAGACCGAGAUGAUUGGUUUUGGUGUCAUUCUAAUUUCUUGGUUGCUCACAGCCAUUCUGAGAACUGGCCUACUUGCCAGAUCAUUGACUCAUGGAGCUGUGUUGAAGUUUACUGCCAAGAGUCAGACUUUGAUCCCCAUGUCAAUUUUCUUCAACUUCUUGUUGUUAUAGAUGAUUCCUUGGGUGGGUUGUGGCAUGGUGUGAAGAAUGCCCUUGGCAUUCUGCAUCUGGCUGUAGAUUUACAAAUUGUUACUGCUUGUGUGAACUACUUGGAAGCAAUGCCCUGGGAGAAAGCUGAGGAGGAGGAGGAGAUCCUAAAAAUCAUACCAUGCAUGGGAUCAAAAGCGCAACCAAUUCUGGCCCAUUUCCAACCAGUAAUCCAUCAGCUGUCAGAUAUUAAAUUUGCCAUUUCAUUAUCUCCUGCACCCAUGAAUGAUCUUAAAACUUCUGCACAAGAGCAGCAUGGGAACAAGCUGACUGAGAAUGAUGAUGCCCCUCUAUUGACAGUUGAUGAGGAGGUCAAAUUUGAAGCAAAAGAAUGUGUGAAGGGACUGUUCGCCAGAUUUAACAAUAUGUUAGAAGCUUUGUUAUGUGAUCCUGUGGAAUCAGCGUAUGAGAAAGAGAAAAUGCAAUCUUUUCAAUCAUAUCUAUCAGAUUUGUCAUUGGCUUGCUAGAUAUUAAAUAAGUUGGUAAUCAUUAAGGAAUUUGUCAAUAUGAAGCUAGUUCAGGUUGCUCAGCAAGCUAGUUCAGAAGCCAAAAUUAUUGAACAGUCGAAGGUUGUAGAGAUGGCAGCGAAGGUUUUAGAAGCAAUAGGAUAUGGCACUGUUAUUCUUCCUACCGCAAAACGGCUUCACUUGGUGAAGGUUUGGCAUCCAUUUGUGAUGGUUACCAAAGCAUUAAUUGAUUCUGCCACAACCAAUGCCGAGGAUGCUCCAGAACUCACGAUUGAUAGUGAGCUAUGGCCCCUUAGAUCCACAUUUGUUUCAAUAGUUCUUGCGCUGCCAUCAAAAGACCAGGCAGAGAUUUUGACUGAAUGGUUAAGAAAUGAGCAUAUUCGUUAUCCAGACUUCACUGAGGCAUUUGAGGUGUGGUGUUACAGGUCCAAGGUUGCCAACAGAAGUUUAGAAGACACACUGGGCAGCCAUGGCGGGGCCAUACUUUGA